AUCAUGUGCUACGACCGCUACGUGUCCAUCUGCAAACCCCUGCACUACGGGACCCUCCUGGGCAGCAGAGCUUGUGCCCACAUGGCAGCAGCUGCCUGGGCCAGUGCCUUUCUCUACUCACUGCUGCACACAGCCAAUACAUUUUCCCUGCCCCUGUGCCAUGGCAAUGCCCUGGGCCAGUUCUUCUGUGAAAUCCCACAGAUCCUGAAACUCUCCUGCUCAAAUUCCUACCUCAGGGAAAAUGGGCUAAUUGCAGUUAGUGCCUGUUUGCUAUUUAGUUGUUUUGUGUUCAUUAUUUUCUCCUAUGUGCAGAUCUUCAGGGCUGUGCUGAGGAUCCCCUCUGAGCAGGGACGGCACAAAGCCUUUUCCACCUGCCUCCCUCACCUGGCUGUGGUCUCCUUGUUUUUCAGCACAGGCUCAAUUUCUCACCUGAAGCCCCCCUCCAUGUCCUCCCCAUCCCUGGAUUUGGCCCUGUCAGUUCUGUACUCGGUGGUGCCUCCAGCCCUGAACCCCCUCAUCUACAGCCUGAGGAACCAGGAGCUCAAGGCUGCAGUGUGGAGACUGAUGACUGCAUGGUUUCAGAAGCAUUAA